AGGGGGUGGGAGGUGACCAGCAGGACACCAGCAGGCGUCAAAUUGGAGACCGGAAAAAGAUGGAACGUGAAGAAACGAAGCACUAUGUCUCGACCAUCGACAAUGAGCGAGGAUGUGGGUGACCCAGUGACCCAAAUUGGGGGCAAGUACCGACGACGACCACGACCGUCGAACCGUCGAUCCGUCCGUCGAACCAUCGAAGACCGUCGUGUCUAGAAUACUGAACCAAAGUAACUGGUCCGACGAAGAAGAGUUCCAAUAUCCAUCAAACGAAUAAACGCCUAACGUUAAAACGCUAAAACGUUAAAACGCUAAAACGCUAAAACGCUAAAAUAUUGCAAACAGUCAUGCAGUAUCGGCUGUGUUUUUCUUUUGCUCUACUACUGGUGUUUGUUGCUACAUUUUCACCAGCUCGCACCGCCAAUAUAUUAGAUCUGCUAUGGAACGGUGAAGAAGAAGUGGAAAAACGCGAGGAAUCGGCCGAUGAUUCAUCGCAGAAGAGCUGUAUCUGCAACGGUCCAGCUUGUAUGUGCUGCGUGGAUUUCAACCUAACCUACAUCGACCUAGGUGGGCCAGGAUGCGUACAAAUGAAAUACAUCUCGCAAUCAGAAGGAAUUUCAGUGAAUGUAUCUUAUGGCGACAGUCUGUUACACAGCGCAGAUGUAAAAGGUCAGAAUCCGGAGCCUACAUGUAUAUCCCUACUUGUAAAUUUUGCCCAAGUAUGUGCACGUUUUUCGGACCUGCAACCUAAGGAUGAUGGACUGAGGGGUUGUUUAUUGUUAGAACCAAAACUGUUGGGCGACGUUACGACCAGUUUUAAUAUAGGAUGUUUUACUAUGGGGCCACAAGGAAUGAAGCUGGAGGAAACGAAUACCACUUUUACAACCCUGACGGAAAAUGAGAAUGGGAACGCUCUCAGCAACUCGACACAGUCCGAAUCGGAGGGACUCAAUGAGGAAGAACUAAUAGCCGCUGUAAAUGAAUCGGCCGAACAGGGCCUGGUUUUCUUCGGAAAUCUAUUGGGUAUAACAUUUGGUAAACCGGAAGCCAACGAUACUAAUGCCGAGACAACUACUCAGAUAUCCACUUCCACAACUAUCGAGCCUGUUUCCACAAAUGCGCCACAGUCACAUUCACGGAAACUUGGACGGUUGUUUAAGACCCAUAAUCAACUUUAAAUUUAUUUGCCCCGUUUAACCCCGCUUUUGUUCUAUUAUCUAGAACGCGCAUACGUCAAGUAUUAUUUAUAUCAUGUUGUUAUUUAUUUAUUUAUGUGUUUAA